UUAAUAAAACAAAAACUCUUGGCAUCUUCAGAGCAUAAUAAAAUGACCUCUGACCUUCCUCCACAAAAUCAAAACACUAACUUUAAGCUUUUUCCACAUGUGGCCAAUAAGACUGACAUUUUCACACUCUGGUACAGUGGGAAUGAAGAGUCAACAACUGGCACUUCGUCAGUCUUCACUUGAAGAAAGAAAUGACAAAAACAUUACCAACACUGGCAGUGAAGGAUUAGAUAAGACUCAGAAUAGUCAUUGGAUUAACCAAGGAAAUUCUACUUCAAGCUCUGUUUUGAUUGCCUAUCAGGAUAAACUCCCAGUUCAUUUAAAUAAUCUUGAGAGAACUUCAGUAUUGGGCCCAAAGAAUGCACCAGCUGCAGGUCCUACUCAAGAGACCAUGAAAUGCACUGAAAACACUUUGGGUUUUACCAAACUUAGUAGCUCUGACAGAGUCCUACCAGAAAAUAUAUCAGUUCACACUGAGGAGGCCUCACUUCUCCACUCUCUUCUAGGUAGCAUGAAUAUUUUGCAAGAAAAAAAGUCUGGUGCUCUUGCUGAUAAAAUGUCUAGCCUCCUUCAGAAUGAAAAAACAGCUUCCAAUUUAACACUGUCAGGAGGAAGUUCACUGGCCAGCAAAAGAGAAGUAAAAAGUGCUGUAGAGACAGUGCAGUGUUCAAUAUCUGCAUGUCCUGAAUUGGAUCAGCACACUAAAGGCGUUUGUUCUCAGCCAACGGAGAACACUAAAACUUUGAACAACGAGAAGAUACUCAGUACUUCUCACAUAAAUCCUCUUGCUUCAGAAACAGCUGAACUAGGUGUAACUAAUGGUGUAGCUGAGAAUACACCACCACCAGUUGCUACUGGAAACUCAUUUUCUAAAAUGAACAGCUGUACUACUUCUAUGGAAGAGCUAGAAGCAUGUCUUGCUUUGUGGAGAAAGUGUCCUUCAGAAUCUGUGGAUGUUCAAUAUAGUCAGUCAAAUAAAAACAUAGAAUCAAAUAUGAUUUCAUCAUCUUAUGAAGGAUUUCAUGAUCAGAAUACAUGUCGUAUCUUGGAGAACAACCAAACUGCAGUAGCUAAAAGUGACUUAAAUAAAGUUACAAUAAGUACAAAUGAAACAACUCUGUCUUCUACAACUCCUUCUAUUGGGCAAAAACAUGAUACAUUGAGUUCCAACUUGAUCAAGGGUUUUGAACCCCAAGUUGCUGUAGUUUCUCCUUUAAUACUUUCUAAAGAGAGAACUUUAAGUGAACAUCAAGAAAAAAAUACAACGUUUUCUGCUGAAAUAAUUUAUUCAGUGAUUGAAGGAGGUAGUGUAUGUAGUCUACAAGAAGAGAAACAAGAAGAUGUUUCAGUAGUGGCAAAUACCAAUAAAGGGAUAGUGGAAACUACUUACUUACCAUCCAAUAAAUGUAUUCCAAUACAGAAAGUGGAUUCAGAUAUGCAGUACACCAAAUCAGCUAAUGGAAACAAAAUAGUAAAAGAUGCUGUAAAUUCAAACUACUCAUAUGAUGUAAACAAAAGAAAAGCUGAUCAGCUUGCACAAGAAGCGAAAAAAACUAACAUGCAGCUCAGUUUACAAAACAAAACUUCUUUGCUGAAAACAAGCACAAAUGGUUCUAGUCUAAUGUCUCAAGAUGAUCUAACAAAGAAUAAAGAUUGUGAGGACUUUGUAGAACCAGAGGGCGCUACCACCAUUGUGUCAGAGGAUGACAUGUUACAGAUUUCCAGCGUAUGUUCACUUGUUGAAAGUGAUGCAUCUUAUAAUUCACAAAUAGCCAAUAUGUUCAGUUCUGUCCCUUUGAUGCAUUUAGAGAAAAAUGGUGCCUUGUUGGAAGAAAAUAUUUCUAGUACAAAGCAUAAAGAACAACAAUUAGACACUUGUAAAGGAGAAUCUGAAAUGAAAACAAAUAUGUUUGAGGGUGAGAGUUUUCUGCUAUUGCAAAAACCUGUGUCUAAAGCAGUUUCCCCAACAAAGCCAUUAGGAGUACCAAGUUUAGAGACGUUUUCAUGUGAUACAAAUGAGUGUAAUAAAAAGAUUUUUGAUGAUGUAAAUGUAAGCAGUUUGGAGGAAGAAAAAAAUGAAGACACUUCUAAAACUGUUUGUAGCUCGGGACAAAAAAUAGUGCAAAAUAUAGUUUCCAGGAAUGGAGAAAACGUUGUUGAUGUUAACCAGGAGUUGAUCAGAAACAGACAAGACCUAUCAUUUAAUGUAAUCGGUGAAACAGAUGUCUAUUCUACUGCAAAGGAAGAAAAUACGCAAGAACGUAUAUUCAAUGAAGAGGAAAAUACAGUGGACAAUGGGAUUAGUGGUAAUAGAGCAGUAUCUGUAACCUUUCUAAAUGAUCAGCUGACUGAACUUUUAGAAGAGUUUCCUUAUGGGAUUGAAGGUACAGAGGUACUAAUGAAAGAGCUGACUAAAAGUGAAGAUUCUGUGGUUGAGACAACAGAGAAUCAAGUUGAAAAAGGAACUCAAGCUUAUAGCAAAAGCUGUGAUCCUAAGGAUCCAAUAAACCAAAUAAAAAUCACAAUACUAAAUUCAGAACAAAUGAAAGAACUGUUCCCUGAACAUAAUCACCAAUCCUGUAACAAAGUCAUGGUGGAAAACACUAAAAAUCAACAACUGGAAAUCAAUUCAUCAGAGAGAGAGACUUUAGAAAGGCAUAUCCAGCCUGAUCAGAAUCUAGGCAUGGAGAGGGAAAAGAGCACACAGGAAACCGCAGUCCCAAAACGAGAUAAAAAAUUUACAUAUUGUUGUUUAAUGGGUUGGUUAGCUGCCGUUUAUGCAGUGCCAGAGUGCUCAUGCAAAUCUCAAGAGGAUGUUGCUUUGGAGAAACAGGAUGGUGGCAAUCAGUGUUCAGAAGCUGAAAACACUGUCUUUAAAGGGAGACAGGAAACAACUAGUAGAACUGGUCUCAUAACAAAGACUAACUGUGCAGUGGAAAACAACCUGCAGCUUCCUGUCAAAUUACAUGAUACAAGCAAAAAUCUUCCCACAUUAGACAAAGAUAGAAAAUGUGCCCAAAAUGCUACAAUAAACAAAGAUAUUAAGCUAAACAAAUCAGCUAGAGCACACCGAGAAAUAAUCAGACCUUUUCAUUCUCCUGAGAAGAGAGAGACUGAUCAAUUCAAAAGAAUACAUGAAUUCCAUGUAUUGACUCCUUCGGAGAAAGAAGUUUGGACUAGUGAAACAGAUUCUCAGAAAUGCACAAGGGAGGAAUUUGCUUCAGGAAAAGUCCAUCAUACAAAUGUAGAACACUUGAUAAUAUCAACAGAGAAAAAAGAAAAAGUCUGCAAGAUGGAAUCUUCUGAAAAAGAUCAAACACGAACAGAAGGGUUGGCCAUGAAAUCCAAGACACAUGUCCACAAUUCAAAAAUUUCAGAAACCAUUGAGGUCAAACAAAAUAAAAUAUAUGAAGAACAUAGAUAUAAAAAACUUGAACAGAGUACAGGUGAAGCACACAGAGUUAAGAGACAUAAUUACACAUUUAGCAAGAAUGGACAAAUUAAAGAGAAGACAAAAUUGCCAACGGAAAUAAAACAUAAGUCUGAUAAUCAUCAUGGAGCCACAAGAAAAUCCCCAAAUGCAAGCUCAAGAAAGUAUGAAUAUUCUCAGCAUAAAUCUAUAAAUGUCCUACCUUCACAGGAAUGUUUAUAUAGACAAAAGCGGAAAGAAAACAUGAUUGGGGAGAGAGACUCCAAAAAACCAAAACUGGAAAGUGAAAGAAUCAAAUAUGAAACGAACACUUUCAAACAUGCAGGAUUUAAUAAACAAAGUACUGAUGUGGCAUAUUUUGAGAAAUCUUCAAUAUCGAAAGAAGAAAAUGUCUGGAAAUAUAAAAACUUAUUGUUAGCAAAUCAUAAUUAUAUCCCCAAACCAAAGAAAAAAAAAGGGCGCCCUUGUAAAAAGUCUAAAACCUACUUUUCUGGCAGAGAGAAAGACCUGGAUGUUCAGAAUAGAGAGAAACAUUCUGAAAAAAAUCGAAAAACUAGUAGACUGAACAUUUCUCUUAAAAGGGAACAACAAAAAAACUAUCUGAAUAGAGUUGCGUUUAUACGUACUGCCCAAGAAAGCAUUUGUCUGACAAAACUAGACACAACACCUGCCAAACCCAUAUGGCAUAUAAAAUCUAAUAAAGUUCCAGAGCCCAGCCAGGACUGGAAAACUGAUAGCUCACCUUCAGAGGAUAAACUACACAGACCACAAAUGCUUGAGUUUAAAUUGUGUCCAGAGAUACUGUUCAGAAAUACAGCCACUGAUGGAGAGAGUUUGGAUAUUGCACACUCCUCGGAAAGAGACACAUCCCUUGUGGCAGGGGUCAAAAGCAAAAAGGAAGAUUGGUUAAAUUAUAUCCCAAUGAAGCAAAGAAAAACUGAAGGAACAGCUCAAGUUGAUGAUGAUAUUCCACUUGAUGCAGCAAUACAAAUCCUGGAAGGAAAUGAGGCUCUCCAUGUUCCAGUCAAAGACUCGAAAACGAUGUUUCAGACCUACAGAAAAAUGUAUCUGGCAAAAAGAAGCAGAAGCCUUGAUAGUAGCUGUUCAAAAUAGGUCGUCUUCAGUCAUAAAACAGCAAAAAUGCAUUUGUGCGAACUAAAUUUGUGUGUUGCUGAUCUUCAGUAUACAUUCGUUUUUUGUUUAAGCAAAUAAGAUCUUAACGCUGAAAAUGUCAGUGUUAAAAAUGUUAACCCUUAUCAAAUGUAUUUGAUAUUUUUUUCUUUUUCGAACUACAGGCUUUAAUUGAAGCUAGCAAAAUUUCAAGAGCAUUUAAACCAUCCAGAUUGUUUUAUCAAUAGAUCAACUGCUUUACUUUCUGGUUCUGGAAAAUCUCUUCCCCUCAGAGACUUUCCAUUGCUGGCAAUGGAAAUAUGACCAGUGCAAAGGGAUCAGUGGUAGAUUCCUAAGCGUUACAUAAUAUCUUCUAAUUAGUUCUGUUUUUAACAAGGCUUUCUUAUUUGAGGGUGGGGGGUGGGGGGAGUGAGAAGUUAAUAUUUUUUUACGUGGCAGACAGGACAGUGCAACAAAGCAACUGAACCUGAGCCUACUGAUCGAGGGAUACCAUGAAGUAUUUAUGCUGCUACCCAGUUUUACUAAACUGAACUUUAUAAAACUUGUUAGAAAUUAAGGGCUUGUCUACAAUACAACUUGAGUCAAUGUAAAUUAUAUCACUCAGGGAUGUGAAAAAGCCACCCCCUAAGUGACGCAAGUUACAUCGACCUAAACCCUGUCCAGGCUAGCGCUGUGUCAGCGGGAGAUGUUCUCCUGACAACAUAUUUUCCACCUCUUGCUGAGGUGGCGUAAUUAUGCUGAUGGGAGAACACUUUCACCAGAAUGUAGCGCAGUAGUGUAGAUUAGCCCUUAAUCAGUAAUUCCUUAUCUUAACAUUGUACUGCAAGUUGAUGACCAGUUGAUGCUUUUCAUCCUGAAUUUAGGGUAAUUUUUUCCUACUUUCUUCAUAUUUGAAAGAAAAGGAACAGUAGUUGAAUUCUAGGAAGUUUGAAUUCAUGUUGUCUAAGCUAUUACAGUCACUGGUUAAAGUGAAUAAAGCGGAUUUCUAUGUUUCUAAGCUACAUUAGCUAAUGUUUAAAACUACACACACUGUAAUAUGGAUUAUAUUGAUUAUUGUUGGUCGUUUGUUCCUUUUGCUCAGUGUUCAGAAUUUUGAAUUUAAUUGUAUUUUUUCAGAACUUUUGGCAUUUAAUUUUUUACAGGUUUAUACUGAAAAUAUAGCCAGUGUGGAUAAUUAACUGAACCACUUUCAUAUAUUAAAUAAACUUAUUUUGAGCAUUACA